GUUGAGCAUGGAUCAGUGGAAAGGUAAGGUUGCUAUAGUGACAGGGGCCAGUGCAGGUAUAGGGGCUGCUAUAGCUCAGGCUCUGGUACAUCAUGGGAUGGUCGUGGUGGGGCUGGCCAGGAGGCAGGACAAAAUGGAGGAAUUAGCUGCUCAACUAACGCAAGCUAAUGAGCCUGGGAAGUUUCAUCCUGUGAAGUGUGAUUUAAAACAAGAAGAAGAUAUUUUGGCCGCCUUUGAUUGGGUAGAAAAGGAACUAGGUGGCGCAGAUGUACUAGUUAACAAUGCUGGGACAUCAGAUCUAAACACAAUACAAGGAGGUGUCACAGAGCAGUGGCGUAACAUGUUUCAUCUGAAUCUGUUAGCGGUCUGCAUCUGUACUAGAGAAUACCUAAAGUCAAUGGAUAAGAGAAAGAACCAGCAAGGCCACAUUUUUGUUAUCAACAGUAUUACAGGGCACGAAAUACUCGGAGGCCAUUAUGGAGUGUACUCGAGCACCAAGUAUGCUGUGAAAGCCGUGACUCAAUGCCUUAGGAGGGAAUUGGCAGAAAAGAACAGCUCUAUUAAAGUCACUAGCGUCAGCCCCGGUUUGACUGAAACUGAAAUGACUGAGAACAUUCUGGACGAUCUGGAUGAAGGAACUUGUUGGCUGGAGUCAUCAGAUGUUGCUCAGGCACUCGUGGACGUGCUGUCUACAUCUCCCGUAGCUCAGAUUUGUGAAGUCAUCCUGACGCCAGUUCCGAGCAACCGAUUUGUGUUUUGAAGAGGAUACUUAGUGAGACAUACAUACGAGUAUAAUAUAAUUUUAUUUAUAUUCAUUUACAGAUUUGUGAAGUCAUCCUGACGCCAGUUCCGAGCAACCGAUUUGUGUUUUGAAGAGGAUACUUAGUG